UACCGUGGCAUCUUGGGAGGAAGGCGAACGCCAGUGGACGUCCACGAUGGACGACGUGGUGGAGUUGCAAAACAUGGAAAAUGUGUGCAGGCUCUGCUUAUCCAACGACGAGCCGAAGACGUCGGUUUUCGGAGCCCAAGAUUCUCCGGUGUCGUUGGCCACUAAGAUACAAGCGUGCCUGUCGAUUCAGAUUUCAGCCACGGACAAGUUGACAACACAGAUAUGUGCACAAUGCGUUAAAAGUGUAAAUCAGUGGCAUAUUUAUAAGGAACUUUGUCUUCGAUCGCAAGAUAAAUUACAUCAAUGGCUAGAAAAACAUUUACAACCCAACCCAAUGGUUGUUACUAUCAAAGAUGAACCUGUGGAUUUGGAUUUUUACGAGGACAAUAUCGAAGUCAUUUCAGAAUCCACCAGUGAUUCAGAUGUAGAAUCGACUAAUUUUCAAGAAAGUAUAAAUAACUCUGUGAACACAAUUCACAUUCAAGAAAUAACCGAUGAUGAGGCAGAUGUGCCGAAAGCUCAACCAGCACAGACGAAAGAUACAGAUGUAUGUAUAAAGUUGGAGCCGCAAGAAGACUAUGAUACAGAUUGUACCAUAGAAAUAGAAUCUGUCACUGGUAGCGAACUUGUACCAAAUCCCCUCUCCAACAAAGAAGAUAGAAUAAUGGAAGCUGACUCAACCCAAAAACCCAGUGCGUCCACAUCAGCAAGUAAAAAGAAAGUCAGAAGAGGCCCUCAUACUCAUUAUAGGGGAACGCGUGUUUUUAAGCAAAAAUGUGUACACUGUCAGAUCCAUUUACAUUCUAAAUAUUCGUACACAAAACACAUGGAAAGAUUCCACACGGAGAAGCCAAAUGGUGGCAAUGAUACGCUCGCGUUGCAAGAUGAAGAAGAGUUGGUCGAAGAUCUGGAGGAUGAGUUGAUGAGUAUGGAAAAAGAUGCACCGUUGACCCAAGUGCAGCAAAACAUUAUCAGUCAAUUGAAAACGUUUUCGUGUUAUUCCUGCCAGCAAUCGUUCAGCGACCGUAGGAGUACACUGUCGCACAUUCGCCAGCAUAUGCCUGAUCUGAGACCAUACACGUGUAUCGCGUGCUUGACGGAGUUCCCGGACCGAUCGAUGUAUAAAUUGCACUGUGGUGCGUCGUUCGAGUGCGCGAUGAAGAUCGCACUUGUGAUCCCGAACCAAGGCGAAGAAAAAUACUUCACGUGUAACAUGUGUCUGCGUUCCCUUCAGAAUAGAAAAGAAUUGCUUAGCCAUCUUUCAAAGCACUCGGACAAACAGUACCAACAGCUAGUCUCGCCAGCACGAUCCCCGCCGAAAUUAAAACCGAUUUCGCCUCUGCCAGCUUUUAAACAAGAAUCGAUGAGAAAAUCAGGCGCAAGAGAAUUGAACAUUCCCCGACCUUACAAGAACGGUGAUCCGGCACACAAUCACGUUUGCGACUUGUGCGGAAUGAUCUACAGGUACAGACCCAAUAUGCUCAAGCACAGAGACUUGUGCCAGCGUCUGCUGCCCGAGGUUCGAACAUCCUACAAAUGCGUGCACUGCGGGAUGACGUACCUGGUGUUCAAAAAGUUCCACACCCAUGUCACUUUGGAACAUAAGAAGAAAGAUUUCACGUGUUCCGAUUGCAACGCUAAAUUUCGUUCUCCCAGCGACUAUCUGGCGCAUCACGAGACGCAUCGUGUGGCGGUGAACAGGAAGCCAGUGUUAGAGAAGCAGGAGCCUGCCAAAGGUGCGCAAAACAUCUCGACGCCCAUUAAAGACUGGGACACGUUCGAGGCGGAGGUGAACGCCGGUAGGCUAUCGGACAGUAACCAGUACAGUUGUGCUCUGUGCAACUUGGAAUUUGCCACCAGAGCAGAGCUAACUGAGCACAGGAACCUCCAUCUGAAGGUGAAGAUCUACUCCUGCGUGAUUUGUCGCAGCAUGUUUAGCAGCGCCGGUGCAUUAGAGAUCCAUAUGAAGGAUCAUGGUAUAGAGGAUCCCAACGAAAGAAACGCGAACAGCUCGUGCGUCGAAUAUGGAACUAUGGACGAUAGUUCUCACGAUUCUAAACCGAUGAAUAUCAGCGCCACCUCGGACCCGGGCACAAACAAAAACGAAUGCAUACAAUGCGGCAAACUGUUCUCGAACUACGCGAAUCUCAGAAGGCACACGCGUAAUGUUCACAAGCCGACCAGAAUCCAUGUCAGUUGCGCCCACUGUUCCCGGUCGUUCAAGAGCAAGGAGAUCCGCGAUAGGCAUAUAAUGACCGAGCACAACAAGCCCAGCAAGCCCGUGCGCCAGUGUCCUCAGUGUCCGAAAACAUUCGUCUUCCAAGCGAACCUGAAUCUUCAUUUCCAAACUGCUCACGUGAACAAAAAGGCCGGCGGUUACGAGUGCGACAUAUGCGGCAAAAUGUUCAUAGAAGAGGCGUCCCUCAAGAUACACCGUGGAUGGCACAACAGAUCGAGCUAUCGACUGAGACCGACCGAGGACCAGAAACCGAUCAAAGACUCGAUCGUGCCUAAACAAGAGAAAGACAUGAACACCAGUCCCGAUAAACCUGCCAGAGCAAGAAAAUCAUUCCCUAAUCCGCCCCCGACAAAGCCGCAAGGUAAAUUCCAAUGUCAGGUAUGCAACGAUAAAUUCAACGACGUCACCGAGCUAAGGAAACACUUGUGGGACGUGCACUGUGCCCACAAGUCCGAGAAGAACCUGAUCGGCGAGGAGUUCCAGUGCGAAAUCUGUACCACUGUGUUCCCCGACAAGGCAACGUUGGACAUGCACAUGCAAUGGCACAAGUCCUGUCCGAUCCUCACUCGCGUCCGUAAACCCCGACACCAAGGGAACUUCCCUUGCGACGUAUGCGGGAAGCUCUACAGCUCGAAGAAGGUGCUGUGGCGACACAAGAAGCUGCACAAAGCCACCAACGUAGCCGCCGCCAAGUUCCAAUCGAUCAUGAAGAAACCAACGGUGGCCCAGCACAUAUGCAACGUUUGCCACAAAGUGUUCUGCAGCAAUCAAUCGUUGCAACGUCAUCAAAUGAAUCUGCACAGCGAGAUGUUCAAUCAACGACAGCACCUGAUCUAUCCAUCCAGCACACGAAGAACAUCGCAGGAGGAAUCAGCCACGAAGAAGCUGAAACUUGAGAAAGAGGAUGUACCGCAGAAACCGACGAUCGCCGUGAACACGACCACCACUGGAAAGAAACCGGUCAUGUGUCACGUGUGCCGAAAGUUCUUCCCGAACAUGAGCGUGUUGUACAAACACAAACAGCUGAUGCACAGUAAGUCACGGAUGAUGAAGAACGCCGCGAAAGCAGCGACUACCUCGACCACAGAAUGCGUCCCAUUGGUUGGAAACGACGGCAAGGUGUGCUGCAACGUUUGCUUCAAAUCGUUCUCCGCCAUAUCGCAUCUACGACAGCAUUUCACCAUUAAACACAAAAACUCACCGCCCAAGUACGCGUGUCCCGUCGACGGAUGCAAGCUGAUGUUCCCGUCCCAUGCGGCGUUAAAGGCCCACGAGCUCACGCACACAAGUAUGAUAUUCAGCUGCAAUCUGUGCGGCCGUCACGUGUUCAAUCGACAGGCGAUGACCGAUCAUAUGCUGUCCACACACAACACCGUCUACGACGCUGAGCACAGCAAGAACUUCCAUCGUGAGACAGAUCUGGCACUGUACGUGGUACAGGGAGCGGUGGACGCGACCUGUCCCCAUUGCAAGAUCAAAUACCCGAACAACAGAGCCAUGAAGAUCCACUACUUCAAGUUCCACGACUGUCUAAACCAAGCGUAG